CCCAACCAUCAGCCAAAAUUUCUAGAAGCUCCAUGCCAAGUUGAUAACCAGGUGUUCACCUCAUCAUCGCGGUAGCACAAUUUCUGGUCAAUUCUUCGCCCUCUUUAUUUGUCAAAGUACUCGUACUGUAAGAGACAGAGGUCUCUUCAAAAUCUAUCAUCAUGGCGCAAAAUAGGCAUUGGGAACAAGACAAGGAGGCGACGGUCUACAUCGGCAACAUCGACGAGCGCGCAACAUCCGCAAUGGUAUACGAGAUCAUGCUUCAGAUGGGCCCCAUCCACAACAUCCACAUGCCUCGCGAUCGUGUUACCCAGACACAUCAGGGCUUCGGCUUCGUCGAGUUUCGCACACCCACAGACGCUGAAUACGCCGCCAAUGUUAUGAACGGCAUCAAACUGUAUGGAAAGAGCUUGCGCGUUAACAAGGCCAGCGCAGACAAGCAGCGUGCCGCCGAGGUUGGCGCCGAGCUGUUUAUCGGAAACCUCGAUCCCAUGGUUGACGAGAAGAUCCUCUACGACACCUUCAGUCGCUUCGGUCCACUGCUCAGUCUGCCAAAGGUCGCAAGGGAGGAGUCUGGCGCGAGCAAGGGCUUUGGUUUUGUCAGCUUUGCCGACUUCGAGAGCAGUGAUGCGGCUAUCGCGAACUUGCACGGACAGUACAUCUUAAGUAAGGAGGUUUCGGUCCAGUAUGCUUUCAAGAAGGACGGAAAGGGAGAGAGACAUGGUGAUGAGGCUGAGCGUGAGCUCGCUGCUCAAGCGAAGAAACGGAACAUCGUCCCAGAAGCACAGCCUGUGCCCCAGGCGUUUCUACAACCGCCACCUGUUGCAGCUGCGCCUCCAGCAGGUUUCGAUCCUUCAGCUAUGGGAAGAAUGCCCCCCGUCGGUGCACCUCCACAGGGCGUCCCCGGUGGGUUUGCACCUCCCGGUCGAGGUCCGUCGCCAUACAAUGCCGGAGUUCCGCCCCCCGGAGCCCCUCCAAGAGGCUCCGUUCCUUUACCACCAGCUCCCUCAGGUUUGCCUGCGCGACCCCCACAAUCACAGGCUGGAUACACCAACCCAGCCGAUUUCCACCCAGGCAGUUUCAGACCACCCUCCGGGUCUCCGGCGCAGGGCUUCCCAGUUGCUCCCCCGCCCGGAUUCCCUGCUCCUCAAGGCGCCCCCGGUGCUGCUGGUGCUCCCCCCCCUGGUUUUAUGCCCCCUCCAGGCUUCCAACCGCCACCUGGAUUCCGUCGGUGAUCUACUAUCUUCGCAAAAGUCACAAUGCAUCUCUUGAAUGGAGAUGCCUUUAAUAAGCUCAGGACUCAACAGAGUCCGGGACCUUGAUUGACGCCGUUAUCACGGCCAAAAGCACGACUUUGGGUCGUAUCUAAUUACCACUUUCUGCCCACAAACAGCGAAGACCAAAGACAUGUAUGGUCAGGUAUCGUACAGAUCUCCAUAAACCCCCGAGUCUGAUAUACAAUCAUGAAAUAAUUUCUCUUUUUAAACCAUGCGGGAGAACUCCUUGCCAUAAACGCCAGUCCUGUGAGCUCUACUUAACCAGGUUAUGCUCUCAUUCAGAAACUUCCUGCAAAUGCCUCUUGGGCUUCCCUUGUCGCCCUCGCCCAUUCUUGCGCUGCUUCUUCUUCCUUGCCUUGUACUUCAUAAGAGUGAGCAAGCAUACCGUCUGCAACGCUCUGCCACAAGACAUUGCCACUACGAUGAGCCUGCUUGGCUGCUGCUAGGGCGCUUUUCAGGGCUUGAUCGCCAACGACGUUCUCGAAUAAGCGGCUGCGCAUGAUAGCGAGUGUGACGGCUGCGCUUAGCACAUUCUUAGUGGAUUUGGACCCGGCCAUGGCAGACUGUAUGUGCUGCUUUUGUUGAUUGAGCUGCUGAGGUGGGUCGGUGCUAAUAGCGGCCAUAACGUUAUGCCAGGCGGUCCGUAGGUCGACAUUGUGGUGGUUUAGGCACAACGGCCUUAGCUCCUCGAUCAGAUCGAGUGUCGCUCGAUCGUUUCGGUAUGAAGGAUGCUGCAUGAUCCAAAGCCUGUUCAGACCAGCUAGCAUGGCUAACUCGCGAUGUGCGGCUUUGACACCAGUUCCACGCUGGUUCAGAUCAAAGUCAGGCUUUUGGAAAGUGUUCAUAGCAGCAUCCAGUUCCCCUGUGCCUUGGUCAAACACUCCCGAUAGGUAAAUAGCCAGCAAACGCAGGAUGCCCUGUGUAGACGGUAUCAUAAUGUCCUGAAGCUUCACGAUGUAUUGCUUUACCAGGUCCCAUUGACAGUGACUAGCUGCGUAUAGGCCAAGUAAGAUGGUGAGGUAGCAGUGAGCUUCCAGCCGCCACUCAUGCUGCGCAAUGGCAUCUUGUAAUGAGAUGGACGGCCCAUAUCUAAAUCCGGCUGUC